AAGAAAAUGACUGGAUGAACUAUUUAUGAAUAGAUAAUAUUAAUAAUAUGAAGAUAAUAAUAAUAAUAAUAAUAAUAAUAAUAUUCAAACAAUAAAUAGUGAUUUACUUAUUAUUUUUUCUUUUGAGAAACCUGCGAAUGGGAAGGGAGACAAAUGAAACGACGUAGUUUAGGUACGACGACUAAUUUUAUCGUGUGGGGGCAUAAUUGCGGAGAAAUACGGCACAGACAAGCAGCAGGCAAAGGAGGAGAAAAUGAAGGCGUUGGGAUUGUGGCUGAUGCUAGUUGGUUCUCUUCGAUUAGCUUCCGUAUGGUUCGGUUUCUUCGACAUUUGGGCUCUUAGGCUCGCUGUCUUCUCCAAGACCACCAUGACUGAGAUUCAUGGGAGGACAUUUGGAGUUUGGACUCUUUUGACUUGCACUCUUUGCUUUCUUUGUGCAUUCAACCUUGAUAAUAAGCCACUUUAUUUGGCUACCUUUCUGUCUUUCAUCUAUGCUUUUGGGCACUUCUUGACUGAGUACCUAAUAUAUCAAACGAUGGCCAUUGAAAAUUUGACAACUGUGGGCAUCUUUGCAGGUACAUCAAUAGUCUGGAUGCUGAUUCAGUGGAAUGCACAUCAAAAGAGCCACACAAAGCAUUCUUGAAAGUGGAAUGAUGAGAUGCCAAAUGCCUAGUUCUCCUUUCCUGCUGAUUAUUGAAUUUUAAAAGGAUACUGCCUUUCUAGUAUCUAGCUUCUAACAUAGAUUUUGUUGCACUGCAUUUCCAUGCAUUCAAAGGGAUCAAGGUUCAGUCUACUGGUUAACAAUGCAAAAUAUGUGGAACCUGAUUGCCUGGUGUGAUUCCUUCACUUGAUUUCAGUUUGAUUAUGAAGUUCAGCUUGCCGCA